CUGGACCUGGAUAAGACAGUCAUCAAGAACGAACGUUCUAGUUGGUCACCGACGGCGAGCCACGAGAUGCCGGUGGUUGGCCGUCGGAACGUUGUCGAACGUGAAGACAAUCGAGAUCUGCGAGCGGAGAUUGACGAGUUUCAUUAUAAAAAUCCCUACUUCCAUCUCCUCUACUCGAAUAUCUCCCCGCACCAGCAUCUCAGCGACCGCUGUCAUCAUAUGAGCACCAUCUUCGAAGAAAGCGGUGAUUUGCCUCUGUCUCCUCCGGGCCUACUCACCCCGCUAUCUUUCCCGCCCAUUCAAAGCGGUGUCUCGGUCGAAGUCAACGUGGUCGAUGGCUCCACCUCAGACCCAGAGUCUGAACCUACGACGCCUCCUCCGGAAGUCCCGAAGGAAGGGCGAGGUGCAGGAUGCGUGAUGAAGAAAAGAGGGGGGAUGACUUCUUUAUCCUCCAUUUGUGAAGAGGAGGACGAGGAGACAGAUGCAGAUACCGUUACCGAGAAGGAUGAAACCACGGAUGACACUGCAUCCGAGGGCUCGUUCGAAGGAGAGUGGAAAGACGUCUUCACCCACUCACGUGCGACCUCCACCUCAUCCAAUACUUCUCCCUCGCGCACAUCCCACGUCUCUCGUUCGCGUUAUCGAACCACGUCUCCUGAUCGUGAACAUGACCAAUCCCAGCUCAACUCAGUUCGCUCUCUUCUUAUCGUCGCCACGGACGAGAUUAGUGCCCUCAAAGCCACGCUUUCCGCUAAAGAGGCCUCACACCUCACUGAACUCGGAUCGCUGAAGAACGAGAAGCACAAAGUGGAGCACGAACUCAAGAUAUCUCAGAGGGAGGUGAGGGCGAUGAAGACAGAGCAAGAAAUGAUGAACGAGUACGCGAGGAGGAUGGCUGGAGAGAUUGGGAGGCUUCAAGAACAACUCGCGAAGAGAGACGCGGCACUGAGGGUCCGAGGUAUCGCGAUUUCUGGGAGCGAGGUAGAGGAUGGUAGCCCCCCGAGGCAUAAAGUACGUCGUAAGCGCGUUCCUUCCGCUGGCGUCGAUGCGGGUCUGCCUUCGCCACCGCCUUCUGCCAGCAGCUGCUCCGAAUCAGAACGGCGCUCCUCGCUCGACUCCCCAUCCCGUCCCUCCUUCAGCUCCCAAAAUUCCGAUGAACCAAGCUCGUGGCGCUUCAUCUCACAAAUAGGCGAAGACGACGAGGAUGGACUUCUUGGUCUUCCUUCACCUCCUUCGCCUUUGCUCACUCCGACAACGCCGACACCCUUGUCGCCACCCUUGUCGCCACCCUCAUACGCCCAAGACCAAGAUCACUGCUCGAUAUUUGACGAACAUGAUUUCGGGCAUGAUCAUGACGAUAUCGUUUCCAUGAUGGCGAUGCGGGAUGGUCGCUCUUCGAGACUUGGGCAUAGAGAGGACGCUUUGGUCUGAUCUCUCUUAGAUUCCAAUCACUCUAUCUAACGACAUCUCACGACCUCUUUUCGCAUCUAAUUAUCAAUGUUCCUAAGCCUUUCUAUCCACCUAUGCAUCUUCACAACUUUCUGUACAUACUUUCUCCUAUAUCGUCCUGAGUCUCGUUAUAAAAGCUACGUCGUACACUCUGUAUAAUCUCAUAUAUUCCUGCUCCCCUCGCUCAUUCGU